GUCCGUGCCGCCACUCCGGGGACCUGCCUAAAGUGGCUUCCAAAAGGAAAACAACAGGAAACCGGGAAGAGAGCUCGAUAGCCCCGACAGAGGGCCGUGGCCAUGGAGACCUGUAGCCGCAGUCGGGUGGCGCCCACCUUCCGAGCACAGGCACCCGUCCAAAGCAAGAUCGUGGACCUGACCGAGGCCGGGAAGGGCUUGCAGGUGCAGACCGAGAAGCCCCACCUGGUCAGCCUGGGCAGCGGGCGCCUCAGCACCGCCAUCACCCUGCUGCCGCUGGAGGAGGGCAGGACCGUGCUGGGCUCGGCUACCGGGGACGUCGUGCUGCAAGGGGCUGGCGUGGCCCCCCAGCACUGCUUCAUUGAGAACGCGCACGGGACUCUCACCCUGCACCCCUGUGGCAACCCUUGCGCCAUUGAUGGCCUGGCCGUGACUCGCCCCACCCGCCUCUCCCAAGAGGACUUCUUCCCUCUGUCUGGUCGUUCCACUCUGACAUCCUUUCAUAGAAUGCCUUCCAAAGAACCUAUCUGGACAGGCGCGCAACUAACAAACUCUUAACGGACUUCUUCCACUCCGCCAAACUAAUAAAAUAACAACGUGG